GGAGCGCGGGGGAGCGCGGCGGCGUCGGCGGCGCCUCCUCCGCCACCAAACUCCGGGGCUCGGGGCCACCUCCUCCUUCGCCAGGAGGAUCCCUAUCCCAAUAGGUUUCAGCCUGACUUUUUCCUCCCGGUUUCUCCCUCCCACCCCCCGUUUCCCAAUACAUUUUUCUGCCUUCGGACCUCAGACUGCUGCAGCCUGAGCCUUCCCAAGGCUCAGUUCUUAGGGGUUUCUCAUCCCUCCCGCUGCGGGCGAGGACGCGCGCCCAGCGUCGGGCGAAGAAAAGAAGAAAAACUUGUCGGAGGGCUUUCGCCAGCCCGCUGUUAACCCCCUUCCCGCAAACCUAAGCCUCCUUGGGGGGGCCAUCCCAAGACGGGAAAGUUCCUUCCGAGCCAACAGCCCUCUUGGAUUUGGAGGAGGCACCCGCGCCGGCUGUGGAAUUAGAUCUGUUUUGAACCCAGUGGAGCGCAUCGCUGGGGCUCGGAAGUCACCGUUUGCGGGCACCGGGGUGGCGCUGCCUGUGCGGAACAGAGAGUUUGCCAGCCUCAGCUGCAAGUGGCCUCUCGUCUCCGCAGUUGUUGUUCUGUGUCUGGGGUGAGGACUGCGAGUGUUGUGGCAAGUUGUGAAGGGAGACCUGGAGGUCCGGAGAGGACUGCGCUCCGCUUGCACUCCUUUCUUCCUCGUCCAGGCUCCUGGGUGGGCAAUCCCAGAGAAAUUUACAAAGGCCUCUGCUUCCCUCCGAGACCGGUCCGCAGCAUUCAGCCCCGUUGUCCCCAUUCCCAACGGGAGCCCCGGAGCAGCACAGGGCGCCGGGGAAGGACUGGAGGGGAGCGGGAGAUCGCGGCGGCGGCAUGGCGAGGUUCCGGAGGGCCGACCUGGCUGCUGCAGGAGUUGUGUUACUUUGCCACUUUUUAAUGGACCGGCUUCAGUUCGCUGAAGGGAAGCCUGGAAAUCAAGUCAAUGAUGGGCAGUAUCAGGUUGCUCAAGCCUUCCCACAGACAGAAGAGGAGGUGGAGGUGGACACGCAUGCAUUCAGCCACCGGUGGAAAAGGAACUUGGAUUCUAUCAAGGCCGUAGAUUCGAACCGAGCCAGCCUGGGCCAAGACUCCCCGGAGCCCAGAGGCUUCACAGACCUGAUCUUGGACGAUGGGCAGGACAACACCACCCAGAUUGAGGAGGACACAGAUCAUAAUUACUAUAUAUCACGGAUAUAUGGUCCAUCUGAUUCCGCCAGCCGGGAUUUGUGGGUGAACAUAGACCAAAUGGAAAAGGACAAAGUGAAGAUUCAUGGAAUACUGUCCAACACUCAUCGGCAGGCUGCGAGAGUGAAUCUGUCCUUCGAUUUUCCAUUUUAUGGCCAUUUUCUACGUGAAAUCACUGUGGCAACUGGGGGUUUCAUAUACACUGGUGAAGUUGUGCACCGAAUGCUAACAGCCACACAGUACAUAGCACCUUUAAUGGCAAAUUUUGAUCCCAGUGUAUCCAGAAAUUCAACUGUCAGAUAUUUUGAUAAUGGCACAGCACUUGUUGUCCAAUGGGACCAUGUACAUCUCCAGGAUAAUUACAACCUGGGAAGCUUCACAUUCCAAGCAACCCUCCUCAUGGAUGGACGCAUCAUCUUUGGAUAUAAAGAAAUUCCUGUCUUGGUCACACAGAUAAGUUCGACCAAUCACCCAGUGAAAGUGGGCCUGUCAGAUGCAUUUGUCGUUGUCCACAGGAUCCAGCAAAUUCCCAAUGUUCGAAGAAGAACAAUUUAUGAAUACCACCGAGUGGAACUACAGAUGUCAAAAAUCACCAAUAUUUCAGCUGUGGAGAUGACCCCAUUGCCUACAUGUCUCCAGUUCAAUGGUUGUGGCCCCUGUGUAUCCUCUCAGAUUGGGUUCAACUGCAGUUGGUGUAGCAAACUUCAAAGAUGUUCCAGUGGAUUUGAUCGCCAUCGGCAGGACUGGGUGGACAGUGGAUGCCCUGAAGAGUCAAAAGAGAAGAUGUGUGACCCCACAGAGCCAGUGGAAAGUUCUACUCGAACCAGCACCACCAUACGCGCAACCACCACACAGUUCAGGGUCUUGACGACCACCAGAAGAGCAGCCACCUCCCAGCUGCCCACCAGCCUGCCCACAGAAGAUGAUACCAAGAUAGCUCUACAUCUAAAAGAUAAUGGAGCCUCUACAGAUGACAGUGCAGCUGAGAAGAAAGGAGGAGCCCUUCAUGCCGGUCUCAUCGUCGGGAUUCUCAUCCUGGUCCUCAUUAUAGCCGCAGCCAUCCUUGUGACAGUCUAUAUGUAUCACCACCCGACAUCAGCAGCCAGCAUCUUCUUUAUCGAGAGACGCCCAAGCAGAUGGCCAGCAAUGAAGUUCCGAAGAGGUUCUGGCCAUCCUGCCUAUGCUGAAGUUGAACCAGUUGGAGAGAAAGAAGGUUUUAUCGUAUCAGAGCAGUGCUAAAAUUUCUAGGACAGAACAGCACCAGUGCUGGCUUACAGGUGUUAAGACUAAAAAUUUGCCUAUACCUUUAAGACAAACACACACCCACACACACACACGUACACACACACACACAUACACACACAGGAGCCCUAAGCUGCUCUAGCCAGAAGGAGAUUUCUGGACAACCCCAGCCCAAAAAGGGUUAAAAAAUUUUUUUAAACUUAUAGAGGAUACCAGUUACCACUGAACAUAGAAUUCCCUAGUGGAAUGACCUCUAUAGUUCACUCAGCACAUCUCCUGUGGACUUUUCAGAAAUAUGACAAGAUUACAAUGCUGUUGGCUUAAGGUGCAGGGUGCAAAGGGAUCGAGGAAAAAAUAAUAAUAAUAAAGCUUUAGUUCACAAGGGAUCUAUACCUUUGGUUCAAAUAUUCUUCUCUGAUAACUGUGUUCCAAAGCCUGAACCCAUUCACUCAAAAGAACAGUGACAAAUAUUUCCAGUUUGCUGAGAAAAGUAGCUGAUGCAGGGGCCCAAACAAACACAAAAGAAGAGAUUUUGUGUCUUUCCACCAGACACGUGGCUGAAGGAUUUUGUUUUGCUGCUCUAGACCCACAUGUUCCAACCAGUUCGCUACUUUACAGGAUGAAUCUUUUAUCUUUCCAGUUCCGACUUUGCCUCCCUCUUCCUGGAUGCCUUCUGUGUAAGCAGUGACAGGAUCGUAUGUAGCCUUUUAGCUAAGCAUGAGGACAGAGGGAGGGACAAACGAAGCUUCUGGUUCCCCCCACCUCUGAGGAAAACAUCUGAUUGGUUUUCAGAAGCAUCGCCUCCACCUCCCAACUGUGAAGUCCUGUGAAGGCACAGUUGUUCUUGGCUGAAGGGAACAGAAGGACACAGUACCAUGAGUUCCUUAAUCGUUUUUGAAGCAAAAAUGUUAAGGGAUUCUGAGCAUAUGAGGUUUUUGGUGUUUUGAUUUUUUUUUUUUAACUUUUUGCUAUUUCAGUCUGAGAGGCCCAUUUCAUUGUCGAUUCCUAUCUAAGAAGCCGUUCAAGUCUGAUAUCCCUGGCAAGAAAAAGAGCGAAAAAACCCUGCUGAAAUCAUACAGUAAUUUUCUUUAAAGCACAUAGUAGUUACAUAAAUAUAUAUAUAUAAAUAUAUUUUUGUUUAUAACUAACACAAGGCAGGCUCUUGUGACUCAGAGUGCAUUUUGUCAUCGAGACAAAACAAAUGCGAGAUGCAUUACUGCAUACUUCCAUAGAGUUGUAAAAUAAUCCUUAAUAUUAGAAUAUUUUUAUGUCACUUAGCGGAAGUGGUUCAACUGGUUGCAGCACCGAUUGUUUUUCCUGCCUGUUGGAGCCGCUCUCCCAUUCAUAUCAACCCCUUCCCUCCCUGGCAAAAUAAAGCAGAUGCAAAAAGCUCCUUAGAUGGAUCUGUUGUUUGCCCCGUAAUCACAGUCCAGAUUUUGAACCAUCCCUGUGAAUGAAGACAGGAAAGGCACCCUCCACCCCCAGAGGAGGAAAGUGGUUAAUAUAUAUACUGAGCUCCUAAAGUUUGAAUUCAGGUACUGUGUGUACAAUUUCAUCAACAUCUCGACCCAUGAAACUUACAUCUUGUGCCAAGAAGUUGUUGGUUCUCAUAAGGUACCCAUGUCCAGCAUUUGCAGAUUCAGGUAUCAAGAAGCAGAGCUGUCUCGUAAGUAGCACUUUACUACCAACUCAGCAUCUGUACACAGUGUCUACAUCAAAUGACAUCAGUCCACUAACGGAGUAUCACAUAUCCUCACAGCCGUCUGAUGUAAACUCGUGCCAUUUUCCAUCAAGUAUAUUUUGCUUUACAUUUUAAAUUACCUGAUGAGGGUGUUCAUUUUUCCCCUAACCUGCUUAGACAAUAAUUGCAAGAACAAAAAAAUUGACAAGCAAGGUGAUUGAAGGGUGUGAUGACUGCUAUAGCUCUCUGCUAUAGCUACGUUCAGUUGAUAUGAAAUAAACCAAUUUAUUUCUUGUGGA